AUGUCCGUGGCUCUGGACCCUAAGACAUCCCUAAGAGCAACUUCAAGUUCGCCUUUAUGCUCAAAGCCCCUGAUCCACAGAGAUUAUGACUGUUUGCUCCAUGAUGGAAACCAGUCACCUACCAACGUGCCUGCAGAUGUGGGUGUAGGAAGCAGUCUUGUCAUCAAAAGAAGAAAUUAUGGACACUGGGAACUGGCUUGUUUGGGCUGGCCGGGUUCUGCCUGUCCUCAAGUUAAGCCUGGUUGUUCUUGUAUUUUCUGGUACCCUUGUGCUGUCCGGAAUGACAGGAAUAAGAAGAAAAAGGAGAUUCCAAAGCAGGAGUUGGCCGAAAGUUAUGAGCUGACAGCAGAACUAGAGACAAUCAUUGAGAAGAUACGGAAAGCUCACCAAGAGACAUUUCCUUCACUCUGCCAGCUGGGCAAGUACACCACGAACUCCAGUGCGGACCACCGUGUGCGUUUGGAUCUGGGUCUCUGGGAUAAGUUCAGUGAACUGGCCACUAAGUGCAUUAUUAAAAUCGUGGAGUUUGCCAAACGAGUUCCUGGUUUCACUGGACUCACUAUCGCCGAUCAGAUCACACUGCUCAAAGCCGCCUGCCUCGACAUAUUGAUACUACGUAUCUGCACACGUUACACCCCUGACCAGGACACAAUGACGUUCUCUGAUGGUCUCACGCUGAACCGCACACAGAUGCACAACGCUGGCUUCGGCCCGCUAACAGACCUGGUGUUCACCUUCGCCAACCAGCUCCUGCCCAUCGAGAUGGACGACACGGAGACAGGACUGCUGUCCGCCAUCUGUCUCAUCUCCGGAGAUCGUCAGGAUUUGGAAGAGCCUUCAAAAGUAGACCAACUCCAGGAACCCCUGCUAGAGGCUCUGAAAAUCUAUGUGCGAAAGCGCAGACCCAGCAAACCACACAUGUUCCCCAAGACCCUCAUGAAGAUCACAGACCUGCGCAGCAUCAGUGCUAAAGGUGCAGAGCGAGUGAUCUCUCUGAAGAUGGAGAUCCCUGGAUCAAUGCCUCCCCUCAUCCAGGAGAUGCUGGAGAACUCGGAGGGUCAGGACGGGCAGAACUCCUCAGAGCGGAGCGGCACGGACAAAAACAGCACCAGCUCCACGGCGCCCAAACCCCCAGCCCCCUCCCCGGAGACCACAGAUGGGGCCACUUCCUCCAGCGAGGAGCCCUAGAACGUGAAACCUCAGACUGUGAGACGUUGCUUUGGACAGAAACUGGUAGUC